AUGGAUGAACGCUUCUCCCGCUCUGUCACGGAUGCCAUGGUUGCCCUUAGUUUGAAGAUGUAAUCCGGAGACAGGUGUUUUAUACAACAGCCUUUUGUAUUUUCUCUUUUCGACUCCCUCCGCAUAUUUGCAAUUUUCUCCAUCGCCUUAGCUAUCAUACUCUGCUUCCACCAGGCAUUCCAGUGAUUUCAGUCAACUUCUUCAUUGGAGGUCUUCAUGAUAUCUUUUUAAAAAGCUGCAGUAGAAAGGAUAAUCUACACAUACUGAGCAGCUCAUGUUAUAGACCGAAGCAUGCUUCAUGGCAGACCAAUCCGAACUCAUAUCUCUGCAUGUCCAGCCCAUCCAUUAUCUCAGCCAAUCAUGGUUAGCGGGAAGGUUCCUGACUUUUUCUGUGGCUAAACCAACUAGGUUUGUAAUUUAACAAUUGUAUUCGUAUUUACAGAUGGCAUACAAGUUUGUUAUUAAGGCACAUGAAAGUUCACGUUCCAGAAGGCAUUUAUGCCCAAAAACGCAUUCAAAAACGUGUUCAAAUGCCUCUCCUGUGAAGUAGUGACGUGCGACAUAUGCCUAGUUUCCUGAAACUAGUCACAUUUUACAGGAAUAUUCUCAUUAUGGUAUCCAGAGUAUUUUCAGAUAUUGUUAUCAACAAAUUCGUACAGUAAAUGUAAAAUGCACAUAAAAUCAACAGAGUAAUGUUUGUAUUCAGUCUUGUCAGGUGAACUGUUGUCCUCACCUUUUGUUCUACCCAGUCCUCACCCAGUCUUUUACCCCACCACACACCCCACAGUACCUCCCUAGCCCCAUCCCAGGCACCCAUCCCUUACCCAUGUAAGGUAGCCUUUGUGGAGAGUCUGUAUUUAAGGAAAAUGGCUAAUAUUUAGGGACUGGAGCUUGUAAUGUUAGCUGGGCACCUAUUUUAAACCAGCCCGUGAAGUCCUAUACAUAGCCAGGCCAACACAGUUAGUGGUGCCGCAUAUAGGGGGAUAAAGAGACUGGAGGUCGGCACACGCGCACACACACACUGGCCGGGAAGUGGGCACAUAAAGCGCUCUCCUGUACAUCUUAUUUUGUUUGCCUUCUAAGCCAGCGUGCCCACUCAGUCUACUCUAGCUUCACCUGGAAGGUUCUGUGACACCAUGUAAGCUUCCGCAGGGGUCCAAAGAAAGUUGUGUAGGUGUAAAGGGAGGGGAAAAUGUCUCUCUCUCGCUCGCUAGACGCUUGGCAUUGCGCAUGGUGAUCUUAGGCUGGUGUGCGAUGCUCGGCCAUGGAAACCCAUUUCAUGAAGGUCCCGACGAACAGUUCUUGUGCUGACGUUGCUUCCAGAGGCAGUUUGGAACUCGGUAGUGGGUGUUGCAACCUAGGACAGGCGAUUUUUACCCGCUACGUGCUUGAACACUCGCCGGUCCUGUUCUGUGAGCUUGUGUGGCCUACUACUUCGCGGCUGAGCCAUUGUUGCUCCUAGACGUUUCCACUUCACAAUAACAGCACUUACAGUUGAACGGGGCAGCUCUAGCAGGGCAGAAAUUUGAUGGUGGCAUCCUUUCUACUGCCAAUGUUUGUCUAUGGAGAUUGCAUGGCUGUGUGCUCGAUUUUAUACACCUGUCAGGAACGGUGUGGCUGAAAUUGCCGAAUCCACUAAUUUGAAGGGGUGUCAUAUUUUUGUGUAUGUAUAAUGUAUAUAUAUUCCUAUCUAUCUAAUGUCUCUCUCUCACUCACUCACUCUCACUACCAGUCAAAAGUUUUAAACACCUACUCAUUCAAGGGUUUUUCUUUAUUUUUUUACUAUUUUCUACAUUGUAGAAUAAUAGUGAAGACAUCAAAACUAUGAAAUAACACAUGGAAUCAUGUAGUAACCAAAAAUGUGUUAAACAAAUCCAAAUUAUAUUUUAUAUUUGAGAUUCUUCAAAUAGCCACCCUUUGCCUUGAUGACAGCUUUGCACUCUCUUGGCAUUCUCUCAACCAGCUUCACCUGGAAUGCUUUUCCAACAGUGUUGAAGGAGUUCCCACUUAUGCUGAGCACUUGUUGGCUGCUUUUCCUUCACUCUGCAGUCUGACUCAUCCCAAACCAUCUCAAUUAGGUUGAGGUCGGGGGAUUAUGGAGACCAGAUCAUCUGAUGCAGCACUCCACUCUCCUUCUUGGUAAAAUAGCCCUUACACAGCGGAGGUGUGUUGGGUCAUUGUCCUGUUGAAAAACAAAUGAUAGUUCUACUAAACCCAAACCAGAUGGGAUGGCGUAUCGCUGCAGAAUGCUGUGGUAGCCAUGCUGGUUAAGUGUGCCUUGAAUUCUAAAUAAAUCACAGACAGUGUCACUAGCAAAGCACCCCCACACCAUCACACCUCCUCCUCCAUGCUUUACGUUGGGAAAUACACAUAUGGAGAUCAUCCGUUCACCUACUUUGCGUCUCACAAAGAAAAAGCGGUUGGAACCAUAAAUCUCAAAUUUGGACAGAUUUCCACCGGUCUAAUGUCCAUUGCUCAUGUUUCUUGGCCCAAGCAAAUCUCUUCUUUUUAUUGAUGUCCUUUAGUAGUGGUUUCUUUGCAGCAAUUUCACCAUGAAGGCCUGAUUCACGCAGUCUCCUCUGAACAGUUGAUGUUGAGAUGUGUCUGUUACUUGAACUCUGUGAAGCAUUUAUUUGGGCUGCAAUCUGAGGUGCAGUUAACUCGAAUGAACUUAUCCUCUGCAGCAGAGGUAACUCUUGGUCUUCCUUUCCUGUUGCGUUCCUCAUGAGAGCCAGUUUCAUCAUAGCGUUCGAUGGUUUUAGCGACUGCGCUUGAAGUUCUUGACAUUUUCCAGAUUUACUGACCUUCAUGUCUUAAAGUAAUGAUGGACUGUCGUUUCUCUUUGCUUAUUUGAGCUGUUCUUGCCAUAAUAUGGACUUGGUCUUUUACCAAAUAGGGCUAUCAUCUGUAUACCACCCCUACCUUGUCACAACACAACUGACUGGCUCAAAUGCAUUAAGAAGGAAAGAAAUUCCACAAAUUAACUUUUAACACGGCACACCUGUUAAUUGAAAUGCAUUCCAGGUGACUACCUCAUGAAGCUGGUUGAGAUAAUGCCAACAAUGUUCAAAACUGUCAUUAAGGCAAAGGGUGGCUACUUUGAAGAAUCUCAAAUAUAAAAUAUAAAAUAUAUUUUGAUGUGUUUAAUACUUUUUUGGUUACUACAUGAUUCCAUGUGUUAUCACAGUUUUAUAUCAUCACUAUUAUUCUACAAUGUAGAAAAUUGUAAAAAUUAAGAAAAACCCUUGAAUGAGUAGGUGUGUCCAAACCUUUGACUGGUUCUGUAUGUACAACAAUAGACAAUAUAAUGAUAUUACAUCAGUGUUUAAAUGUCCCUUGGUCCUACAGUAUCUGCCAUCUUAAGAGUCGGAAUGUCUUAAUGUUCACAUGACUGGUUUGCCUUCAGCUACUUUUUCAGGUUUGCCUUGAAGCUAGCAAAGGUGCUGCACUCUCUCACACUGGUUGACAGGGUGUUCCAUAAUCCUGAUUCUCUGACUGAAAAAGCUGCUUUCACCUCUCACUAGAGCGCCAUCACCACUAGCCUACUUCCCUCUGGUGCAGACAGAGGCUUCUGGCUGGGGAACCGUGUAUUGUGAAUGGCUGUUGUAAUCAAUAAAUUGGUUGCAGUAUCAAAGUUGAGUGGGAGGCUAAGGCUCAUGUCUGGUCUGGUCUGGGCCUCACCAUGCCCAUCUGUCCGUAUGUCCCUACUAGUUCUCUAGCUAACAGAGUGUGUUGUUGUAGUAGGAUCCUAGUAGACAGACAGCUGAACUGAGCCCCUUUCUAACUGUCUGGGCCUCCCCUCCCCCUGUCUCUUGUGUGUGUCUUGCAGUCCUGUCCGGCGGUGGCGGCGGGCAGCACAGUCCCCUGAAGCGCUCGGUGUCCCUCACCCCCCCGAUGAGCGGCAGCUCCUUGGCCAGUUCCUCCUCCUCGUCGGGCGGCCAAGCCCUGGGCCUGGGUCUGGGUCACGGUUGGCUCUCCCAGGAGGACCUGCGCGGGCCCCGGGGAAGAGGAAAAGGAGGAGGAGGGCUGGGGCUGGCCCCCACUGACCCUCACCACGCUCCCCUCUCCCCCCAGAGCAGCGUAGCGUCGUCGGGCAGCGGCGGCAGCGAGCACCUGGAGGAUGGUUGCUGUGUAGGAGGCAUGCACCGCAGCAGCACAUUCCACGAGGAGGGCAGCGGCAUGAGGGGUGAGUUCAGUACUCCACCGCUCUCAUGCGUAGCUUAGGCGCAGUGGACAGAGUAGCAUGGAGGAGGCAGCCAUGGGGGGUGGAGGGUGUUCACUUCAGGAUGUCCCUCAUCGAUUGUUUGUUUUGAGGUGACCAAUGCUACCCCCCAACAGCAUUUGGCAGUUAGAUUUGUAUUGUAGUGAUCUGGUCAUUGAUAAAAAAUUUUAAAAACUUCUAAAUAUCAGUUGCCAUGUCAGUCCAUCAAUGUCAGUUGGAACAGAGCCUUUGUCCUGGUCUGAGGAGGUUAUUGUUGAAGAGGUAUCUUAGGGAGACUCUCAAUUGCAUACUCCUUGUGUCCCCUCUCCUCGCCUCCUUCUCAAAACCCAUUGGAUGAGAAAGCCAAAGGUCCCUCCACUCUGACCUUUUCCUCCAAUGGGUUUUGAGAAAGAGGCUAGGAGAGAGGACAAGAGAGAAUCUCCCUAUAAUGCCUCUUCAACAAUAACCUCCUCAGACCAGGACAAAAGCUCUCUUCCAACUGACAUUGAUGGACUGACAUUGCAACUGAUAUUUGAAGUUUUUUAAUAAAAUAAAAAAUCAAUGACCAGUUCACUACAAUAUACAUUUUGAUAAAGAGGCGAGGAGAGCGGACGCGUGGAGUAUGCAAUUGAGAUUCUCCCAUAAUGUUUUCUAGAAACUCUUCUCCAACCAUGUGUUUGGUGUGAGGGGGACUAUUUCCCAGAAAGGAAGAGAGAGGAGGGAGACGUGUGGUUUCUCGCAGGGUGAAGCGACCUGUCUUGUUUGGCCUGUUUUUUGUGCUUUUUUUGUGUGAAAGAAACUCAUGACCCCUGGUAACUGCUGGUACAAUUGUUGAUUGGUUGGUUUGGUUGCCCCCCCCCCUUCCAGGUGUUCACAAGCCACCCCCAGCUUCUUAGAAAUGAACAUCCCAUCUGUUGUCACAUAAUACUGAAUGUAGCCUACAGAAUAGCAAUGAUGGUGAUUUGUGGAUGAGCGUAUGUAUGUAUGUAUAUAUGUGUGUGUGUGUGUGUGUGUGUGUGUGUGUGUGUGUGUGUGUGUGUAUAUACAGUGGGGAAAAAAAGUAUUUAGUCAGCCACCAAUUGUGCAAGUUCUCCCACUUAAAAAGAUGAGAGAGGCCUGUAAUUUUCAUCAUAGGUACACGUCAACUAUGACAGACAAAGUCCCUGGCGGCGUAGUGUGUUACUGAUGGUAGGCUUUGGUACUUUGGUCCCAGCUCUCUGCAGGUCAUUCACUAGGUCCCCCCGUGUGGUUCUGGGAUUUUUGCUCACCGUUCUUGUGAUCAUUUUGACCCCACGGGGUGAGAUCUUGCGUGGAGCCCCAGAUUGAGGGAGAUUAUCAGUGGUCUUGUAUGUCUUCCAUUUCCUAAUAAUUGCUCCCACAGUUGAUUUCUUCAAACCAAGCUGCUUACCUAUUGCAGAUUCAGUCUUCCCAGCCUGGUGCAGGUCUACAAUUUUGUUUCUGGUGUCCUUUGACAGCUCUUUGGUCUUGGCCAUAGUGGAGUUUGGAGUGUGACUGUUUGAGGUUGUGGACAGGUGUCUUUUAUACUGAUAACAAGUUCAAACAGGUACCAUUAAUACAGGUAACGAGUGGAGGACAGAGGAGCCUCUUAAAGAAGAAGUUACAGGUCUGUGAGAGCCAGAAAUCUUGCUUGUUUGUAGGUGACCAAAUACUUAUUUUCCACCAUAAUUUGCAAAUAAAUUCAUUAAAAAUCCUACAAUGUGAUUUUCUGGAUUUUUUUUCCUCAUUUUGUCUGUCAUAGUUGACGUGUACCUAUGAUGAAAAUGACAGGCCUCUCUCAUCUUUUUAAGUGGGAGAACUUGCACAAUUGGUGGCUGACUAAAUACUUUUUUCCCCACUGUGUAUAUAUUUAUUUAUUUAUUCAUUCAUAGUUCAAAAUGUCACAUUCUGUGGUUUCAGCACUUAGUAGACCUAUCUCUGAUGUCUUGUCUGUGCACGUAUUUGAGUGAAUGGGGCAACAGGAAACAAGACACCUGUCGCAUGGUAUUUUAAGUUAUGCACCACCGCCGCUCAUUUUAAGGGCUCGAAUAAGGCUUGACCACAGUAGCAACGGUGGGGCACAGACAGGACAGGAGAAAACAUGCCAGGAUAGGAGCAAACAUGCUCCUAUCAGUCUCUGAUGUCGUCUUUCAGGGGUGGCUUUCUUUUACACCCUGUCUCAUGCUCAGUCUCAGGACAUGACACAGAGAUACAGUGCCAUCUGGUUCCUAUACACCAUAUAACCUUUUAGCCAAAUAUAUGGGACAUCAUGAAAAUGAUGGUUUUGGUUGAGUGAUCAGAUAGCCUUCUUACCUCUCGUUUUAAGCCGACGUUGGUUUUUCAUUGGGAUAGUUGUGUGAAUUGUGCAGUUAUUUGGUUUUGAGAAAAGUGUGAGUGCGAAAAGGUGUUUGGGGUGAUUUUAGUGCCAACAGAAAUGUUAUCUGAAUUUAAUCAUUUUGAAUUUGUAUUCAUAAAUUGAAUUUGAAUUCAAUUUUUUUUUACUUUGCAUUGCACAAGUUGAUUCAAUUGAUGAAUACAAAUUCAAGAUGAAUGAAUUCAGAUCACUCCGUAAAUGGUGUGUGUGACCUGAUCAGUUAACACCAAUCGGUGGCUUUAUAGUUGAUGCCGUCUGAAGCAUUUUCACAAGUUUCCCCACUUCUUUACCCCAGUCUUUCCCCUAGAUUAUUGUCCAGGCGUGGCACAAAGGCCCCCAAAGCAACAUCCAGGCCCUCUGGGGACCAACAGAGUUGGGCAGGGGGGCCUGCCCCAGCUUUACAAUGGUAGGGGAAACACUACUUGACCCUCACUUCCAUUGACACAUAUUUGUUCAGAAAAUGCCCCUUAUCCAGACUGACAUUCAAAUUGGAACAGUCCCUGUCUGCAUAUAGUACAGUGAAGCUUCUUGGCACCACAUCCACCUCUGAUAAGCUAAAUUAUCUAACUGACAUAGCGUCCAAGUCGUCUUCUGUGUCAUGUUCAUUAGGGCACACAACGUUUGAAAACGUUUUGCAACUGAAAUAGAAAAUUAGCGUUUCAAAGUCCAGGUAGUCCCUCUGUGUUUCAGUCCAUUUUCUUCCAUUGGGUGCCUAAUGAACACGACCCUGAACUUACCCAUCUACAGGAAGAGUGAGAACUCGGCUGUUUGUGUUGUUGGGGGGAAAGUUAACAAAAACUGCCAGUAUAUUUACAGUCAACUCCCACCAGAGUUCUUUGAAUACAGAUUACUAAGCAUUGCUAAGCAUUAACAAUAUAAACAUUAAUUCUCCUAAGCAUUACGUCAUCUGGGCCUAUAUUCCAAAAGUGUCUCAGGGUAGGAGUGCUGAUCAAGGAUCAGGUCCGUCCUGUCCGUAUACUCUUAUUCAUUACGAUAUAAAAGGCUAAACUGAUUCUAUAUCAGCACUUCUACUCUGAGACACUUUGUGAAUACGGGUCCUGAACAGUCCAACCUGCUAACAGUGGCGGUUUCUAGAUUUGUAAGUCUUUGCUUAGGGUCAAAGAUUUUGAAAUAAGGCCAUUUUAGGCUUUGUUUAGAGACUGUUGUUUGCAUCCAGGUGUGAAGUACACUGUUAAAAUACAAUGUUACCAAUACAUUAUGAAGUGGCAAUGAAACAUGAUUAAAGCAGUAAUGUGAAAGACUGCUAAGUUAAUUGACAUUUUCACUCUCACCACACAACAACCAUAGCAAGCGAUAGAAUUAUCCUUUUUACGCUUCCAGUCAACUAAUGGUCAUAGAACCAAAUCUCCUUAGCUAGCGACCAACAUAUGAGGUGGUCUCUUGUAUCAGUGUUUUACAUCACAGCUUUGACAGGAAAGGUUAGAGUUGAAGGGAUAAGAAUGCAUCCCAAAUGGCACCUUAACCCUAUAUAGUGCACUACUUUUGACCAGAGCUCUAUGGGCCCUGGUCAAAAGUAGUGGAUUUAAUAGGGAAUAGGGUACCAUUUGGGACACCGCCUGAGACACUAGGCGAGUUUUAAUGGUGAGAGGGAAUAGCAGAAAGGAGGACAUUACCCCAUCUGUGAUGUCUUAUGUCAGUGCCAUUACACUGACUCCCUGACUUACGUGUGUGUGUGUGUGUGUGUGUGUGUGUGUCUACAGAUGUACCAGCCUGGCUGAAAAGCCUCCGUCUCCACAAAUAUGCGGCACUCUUCUCCACCAUGACGUAUGACGAGAUGAUGUCACUGACCGAACAGCAGCUGGAAUCACAGGUCAGUAGCAUAGCAUAGAUGGCUUCUUCUAACUAUGGGAAUACCUAAGGAAAACGUACUAGGAACGUAACAGCAAAUGUUAGGGCAUUGGAAGUCAUUGCCUUCAGUUUUUAGUACUGUACUUUUCCCACAAAGUUGUCUUCAUAAAAGAGCUGAUAGACAUGAACCGGUAUUUUAAGCAUUACAAUAAGACAUUAUAACGGCUCAUUCAUGCUUAUAACAAGUUAUAAAGCAUUAUAACCACAGGCUUUAAGUAAAGACAUUUUCAGUAGAACACUUUGAUUAAUUAUGACCCUUUUCACUGUGUAUUUAACUUGUCGUUGGUGUGUGUGUGUGAUGAAGGAAUGUUGAAAGGGUGAAAUUAUGUUUUUCUUCUGCAGAAUGUCACCAAAGGGGCAAGGCACAAGAUAGUCAUCAGCAUUCAGAAACUGAAGGAGCGUCAGAACAUGCUGCGCUGCCUAGAGAAGGUCAGUGGUGCAAGCUGUCAAUUUAUUAGAUUGAGUGAAUUGUCACAAAAAGACUGGUGAAAACAAUACUAGGAAGAGGUCCAAGUGAGGGCCCUUGGAAGCUCUCCUUUCGCUUUGAGAGGCAGACAGGACAGGAGCGAAACAUUAUUUUGGAAUAACUUUAUUUUCCCUCGUCAUCAAAUGGCUGGUGAGCGUCUCCUACCUUUCAUGACGGAAAUAUCCCGCCGCCCACCUGACAGCUGCUGGUGUAGAGAGGACUCUGAUGGAGACUUCUAGAAUGAUUCUCCUGUGAAUAGGACUAUGCAUAUUUGCAUCCCUUACUGUAACGGUCCGGAACUGUUUGGUAUCAUAUAGGGCUGUGGCGGUCAUUACAUAUUGUCAGCCGGUUAUUGUCAUGCAAAAGACUGCCUGUCUCACGGUAAUUUACCGUUAAUUAACAUAAAUACAUUUAGCAUCUCCAGGCCUCCCCGCGUACAAGUCGCUGACAUGUCAUCAUUUCUGUCUUUGAUGUUAAAGAAACACCUUCAUAUUGAUCAUGCAUAUUUUUUUGUUUUUCCUUUCUCCCUGCUAUACCUACCUUCUCCUUUCUUCUCACUCCUCUCUUUUCCCUCAUCUUUGUGACCUUCUCUCUCCUCUCCAUUCCUUUAUUCUCUCUCUUUCGUCACUCUCUCUUAACUUUCACUUUGUCCUGCCCCUUCUUUUUCUCUCUCUUUCUAUCACUUUCUUGUGUUCUUUUUCCCCUUCACGUUCUCUCUCUCCCUCUCUGCUUCUCUCUCCCAGGAUGUGUUGGAGGGGGGUAACCUGCGCGCCCCUCUCACCGAGCUCCACCAGAUGAUCCUGACGCCCAUCAAGGCGGUGGCCAGCGAUGAGUCGUCCCCCAGCUCGCCCUCCUCGACCACACAGAGACCCCUGUUGAGCCCAGAGGGGAAGUGCAGCGCCGCCCCGGGCUCCCACCUCGCCCCGGGAGGAGGGGAGGGGGAGACAGGGACCACCCUAAUCGCUGAGGGGGACAUCCCCGGCCAGUUCACCCGCGUCAUGGGCAAAGGUACAGAGGAUCUAGUCCCAUAGGUUGGGAAGUGAAGUUGUCGUAACGUUGUCAUACGCACAACACAUUUGAUGUAGGUGCUGCUGAGAGACUGCACUGAAAGAAACCAAACACCUGGGAUCACAAUGUGGUCAAUAUUAAAGGGGUUUUUAAAUCGGAAAACUGUUUUCAUAUAUUGCUCACCAGUCCAUCAUCGAUAUGGUCUCAAAAUAUCAUUAUUUUGUACAUUAGAGCAUCAGAGCUAGCCUGAUAGAAAGCCUGUGUUUACUUCCUGGAAAAGUCUGAUGAUGCAAAACACAACAUUAUAAGGCUUUUUGCGUUUACUUUGUUUUGGGCGUCAGGAGACUGAAAGCGAUAUAUUUUGAAAACGUCAAUGCUGAUAUGCACACUUUUUGGGACUAAUAAAAAAACAUUUGGAGUAAAUUGCCCCUUUAAGGGUGGUAUAAGGAACAUUCUAGUAUGGGGCCUUUUGAUUUCUUGACUUCCCUUCCUCUCCAUUACCGUCAGAGUGUUAUGUGCUGAGCAAACAGUGGCCAUAUUAAAAGAAAUGUGGAAGAUGGAAAUCAGUGGGGCCACGUUUUCCCAUGCUCAAACCCCCUCUGUGUCAUUGAAGUCACCCUGCUUUGGGGAAAUUAACUCUCUCCCUCCCCCUCUCCCUCUCCCUCUCCCUCUCCCUCUCUCCAGUUUGCACACAGCUCCUGGUGUCCAGGCCAGACGAAGAGAACAUCAGCUCCUACCUGCAGCUCAUUGACAAGUGCCUUCUUCACGAGGUAUACAUGCACAGACACACACACACACACACACACACACACACACACACAGACACACACACACACAACUGACAAUACUUUUCUUUAUACAGUUCUUCAGACCCUUAUUUAGCUCAUGGGUGAAUGUAACACAUUAGAACAGCACAUGUCUCUAUUUCCUGUCUGCAAAACCCUGAGUCAUUCUCUCUCCUCCUCUUUGGCCCUGCAACCCCUCCUUCCCCCCUCCUCCCACAGGCAUUCACAGAGUUGCAGAAGAAGCGACUGUUGUCGUGGAAACAACAGGUGCAGAAGCUGUUCCGCUCGUUCCCCAGGAAGACCCUCCUGGACAUGACCGGCUACCGGGCGCAGAGGAGGUAGAUUUGACCCUACACACACACACACACACACACACACACACACACACACACACACACACACACACACACACACACACACACACACACACACACACACACACACACACAGUGAGUGAGACGUCCUAACCUCUCCUCCUUCACACCAUCUGUUCUCAGUCUCACCCACGCCUCCCUAGCCAUUGUAGAAUGUUUUCAACUUAACUUUUUAUUACUAAAGCUCUAUCACCACCACGAAUUUGUAUUCUAUGACUUCCUCGGCUAAAUGUUUAAAAGGUCAAAUAAUGUAGCUACAGUGUGGCAACACUCCCGGCUCUUGACACAUAAACGACUCCCCUCCGGAGACCGGGGUUCCCUGGGUCCACCCUCUCCAACUUGCCUAUCUCCUCAAUCAAUCUAUCAAAUGUAUUUUAAUUUUUUUUACAUUUUAUAUUAGCAGUUGUCACAAAAGGUUUUACCUUUGAUUCCUAACGGUCUAAAAAAUAUUGGGGGGAAAAGGUCAAAUGAUAAUCAAAGCAUUAUCUCUCUCUCCCCAUGCAGCAGCAGCAGUAGCCGGGGCUUCGGCCAGUCCAAUUCUCUCCCCACGGCGGGCUGCGUGGGGGGCAGCAGCAGCGUGUCGGCCCGUCGCAGCCUGCGCCAGUUCCAGAUGCCCUCGCGGAGCCUCCCCGGCGCCAGGCUGGGCCUGCUGGGCACCGCCGGCCUCCUGGGACCCACGCCACAUAGCGCCAGCAGCACCCCCACCGGCCUCAAGCAGGGACGACAGGUGGGGACACUUCUGACUUUAACCUUCUCCUAGUCCCUAGGCACUUGGCCUCCACCCCAAGCCUAGGCAAUUGAUGUAGAUUUUUUUUAUUUGGUGAUGUCAGAUUGCGGAGUCUCCCUUUAGGCUGGGAUGACAGAUGGGGACGCCCCGAUCUAACGUUCUCCUUGCCCCGUACAUCUAGCCCCUGCCCACAUCGGCGUGAUCAACUAAAAUAUUUGCUCAAGUCUCCGAUUGACAUCAAUGUGUGAUGUCUGAAUUAAGCGCACAUGUCUACAUUUUGGGCAUUCAUGUAGAUCUGAGUGGAUUUCUUAGGUGAUUUCAUAUUGCGGAGUUAGUCUAGCUUUCAAUGAAAAGACAAACAAUCCUUGUCAGCGUCAAUUUGGUUCGCUACAGUAGUGGACAGUGGGUAGUGAUACAAAGGGCCCCCUAGAUGAAAAAACUAAAACAUUGUUGUCUUCUCAGUCUCGGGGUGCUGUUUAUUUAAGCUAUAAUAAUUAGAGCAGUAAAAAUACAUGUUUUGUCAUACCCGUGGUAUAAAUGCCAUUAUAAACUGGGUGGUUUGAGUCCUGAAUUCUGAUUGGCUGAAAGCCAUGGUAUAUCAGACCAUAUACCACGGGUAUGACAAAACAUUCAUUUUUACUGUUCUAAUUACGUUGGUAACCAGUUUAUAGUAGCAAUAAGGCACCUCUGGGGUUUGUGAUAUAUGGCCAAUAUACCAUGGCUAAGGGCUGUGUCCAGGUGCUCCGCGUUGCGUUGUGCAUAAGAGCAGCCCUUAGCCAUGGUAUAUUGGCCAUAUACCACAACUCCUCGGGCCUUAUUGCUUAAAUAUACAGUGGGGGAUAAUAUAAUAACUGGAGAAAGGAAAGAGUGAGAACCACUCCUUGAUCAAGUGUCUGGAAUCGUCCCACCACAUAGAGAAAAAGUCCAAACCUAGCCACAUAUUCCCUCUUUCAGCAUCUGUCCCGAAUGAUCCCUCCCUUUUGAAAUACAGAGUUGUAAAAACAGUCAUAGAAACACACAGCCAUAAGGGGGGAAAAUGCAACAGAAAAGUGACGUGUCGGGUGAAGCGGCUGGAAUUCGUAGGCAGGUCACAUGCAUUCCACAGGCCCUACAUCACUGCUGAGUGGAACAGUCCUCCAGUCGGCAGCAGUGAUAACCUGGCACUUGCACACGUCUGCUUCUCUCCCAUUCAGCAUUUUUCUAGGAAUCCUUACAAUGGGAGGAAAUUCCAAACCGCUUCCUCCACAUUUUGCACACUCUCUCCGUCCGACCGUUUUUUUGGACAGGAUCGAAAGGUUUGGGAUGAGUGUAUUAAAAGAAAGGAGCUAGGGAGAGGAGGAGGGAGAGAGCGAGGGUGAGUCAUAGUUUGGGAGGUGGUGGUGAAGGGGGAUGGGCGACCGAGAGAGAGGGAGGAGGGAGAGCGAAUGAGCUAGUCAGAGGCAGUGAGAACAGUGCACAGGCAUUUCCUGUUUUUCCCUGGCCCUCUGUACGGGAGGGCCGGGAAAGGGGGAGAGAGAGACGGACAGACUGAGAGAGAGGGAGUGGAGGGAGUAGGGAGAGAGAAAGGGGGAGUGGAGGGAGUGAGGGAGAGAGAGAGUGGUUAGGGGAGAGAGAGUGUAGAGAGCAGGAGUAGAGACGGAGAGAGAGAGAGAAAGAAAGAGAGAAGGGUGAAUGUAUAAUAGGCAGGUUACAGAGAGGAAUCCGGGCGGUUCAAGAAUGUCAGUAGUUUGAGGCUAAAAGGGGAGGGGAGAGAAAAAUAAAAGGUUGACUGUAUAAUGGCUCAGUAGUUUAUAGGCUAGAGAGGAAACACUUCUGGGGUGCCCUUCCCUAGUUUUUACACACUUAUAAAGCCACCCCCGGGUGUGCAUUUAGUUAUGUGAUAAAGUCCCAAUUCAACUGAUUUUGGGAAAAUGUGUUGAACCAAAAUGUACUUUGCACAUGAUUUAAACUGUAUACUACCAACAUGUUAUUGCCUCUCCUGUGCAUUUAGUACUACCGCGGUAGCAUUCACCUAUAAGUCAUUCUGGAGUCAAGUGUGUGUAUGAGAAUUAUAGAGAUUUGUCAAUAUAAAUGAACAUUUUUACAACCAUUAAGUGAUGUGCACUCGGUAGUUUGUCUAAGGUAGGGUUCUCAAACUACAAUUCCCUGGGUGCCAAGGUGGGGGGCAUUUCAAUUAUCGCCAACAUUGUGCAGAACUGUAUGUCAUAUUACUAUGGUGUCAUAGGGUCAUUAACAUACAGUGGCGGCCGCUGAUUGGCUGGACAUUGUCAACAAAGCAGCAUGACAGAAUUAUUAACCCAAGUUUCUAAAUUACCGGUUGCUUCUUUAGGAGGAUAUAUGAAGUUGUCUGUGCAUUUGAACAACAGUAUGAAUACACCUAUUUCACUUUUGCAUGUAAAAACAGACUAACCACUGCUGCACAUACUGCCUCAGUUUUGAUGACCAAAAGUUGUAUUUUUUGAACGAGCAGUGCGCAGCCAGCGCACAAGAGCAUCGUUAACAAAAGCACAGGGAAAACGCAACAAGAACAAGUGGAUUUAAAAAAUCUAACUGGGGAUAGCUAGCUAGUAUAAUGUCACAAGCAUAAUGAGUUCGCCAGUAACUUUAGUUAGACUUGUUUGGCAUGCCAGCUAGAAAGCUAGCUACCUGUAUGCUAGCUUGCCAGUAGCUAGUAUCCACUAGCUCAAAUAAAAUGUUAUUGGUCACAUACACGUGUUUAGCAGAUGUUAUUGCGGGUGUAGCGAAAUGCUUGUGUUUCUAGCUCCGACAGUGCAGUAAUAUCUAACAAAUAAUAUCUAACAAUUUCACAACAUAUACCCAAUACACACAAAUCUAAGUAAAGCAAUGGAAUUAAGAAUAUAUAAAUACAUAUAUGGACGAGCAAUGUCAGAGAGGCAUAGACUAAGAUACGGUAGAAUAGUAUAGAAUACAUUAUAUACAUAUGAGAUGAGUAAUGCAAGACAUGUAAACAUUAUUAAAGUGACUAGUGUUCCAUUUUAUAAAGUGGCCAGUGAUUUCUAAACUAUGUGUAUAGGCAGCAGCCUCUAAUGUGCUAGUGAAUGCUAUUUAACAGUCUGAUGGCCUUGAGAUAGCUGUUUUUCAGUCUCUCGGUCCCAGCUAGCAUCUAAUGGCAGGGGAAACCAAAAAGUGUUGCAAAUUGGGCAGAGAGCCAUGUUUUUUUUUUUAUCCUACCAGAUCCGCAAGAAGGUUCUAGCGAACGUAUCCCACUAUCCUUCGGCUGUAUGUGGAUGUCCGGUUCAGGUCCCUUGCUUCCAAUGACUGCCCCAGGACAAUCCAUUUACUUUUGUGCUGUGAAAAUCAUGUGAUGAAAUCCUGCAAUCUCAUUGCUGCAGUUCCCCCCCCCCCCCAAAUAGCAAGCAAUGUAAUAGCUGACAAUGCAAUCCAAGCACUUGGCGGGACAUAGUUGCUGAUUGCAGAGCAGUAGGUAACUAAACAGCUUGUUUUGAACAAUAUAUAUUUAAAAUGUACACAAAUUAACCACACUAUUUGUAUAUCUUUUUUUUGGGGGGGGGGGGUUGAGCAAUCACAAGUGGGGCACAGCCCCUAACGCCCUAGUGGAUGAGCCGCCACUGUUUUCCCAGCAAUGUCUGUUAGUGGUUGGAUUUGUUGCACCUAUUAUUGGGAUUGUUGUGUCAGUUUAGAUGGUCUAGAAUGAGUCUCAGUCUGUAGUGAUCCAAAAGAUAUGACUCUCUAGCCUACCGGUCUGUUGUGGCUGUCUGUCUGACUAUCUGUUUGUCCAACAGGGUCUGUGGUUCGCCAACCCCGGGGGCAGUAAUAGCAUGCCCAGCCGGACCCACAGCUCAGUGCAGAGGACCCGCUCCCUGCCUGUCCACACCACGCCACACACCAUGGUCAUGUUCCAGCAGUCUGGUAAGAGAAACCUACACACACACACAGUUACACUAUACACACACACACGUUACACAGCACACACACACUACUGUACAAGGUAACUCUUCCUCUCUUUCCUUUGCUCUCUUUCUUUAUCUUUCCCUCUCGCUCCUUAUUGUAUUGUAUCUCUGUCUCCAUAAACUCUUAGCAGCCUAGCAUCCUCAGGACCUUCCUCUUUGUUAACCUGGAGAGAGAUGUUGUUCCUGGUGCUUUAAAUGCAGUGUGCUGAGGAUGAUGGUGUAUUGCAGGGAGCUUUACCCAAGGCUGUUGUUCUGCAUUGGUGUGUGUGAGUGUGUGUGCACGAUGCCCUGUGGCCUGUGGCAUUACAGCAUCUGAUACACUGGUCCCAUUACCCACAAUGCUGGCCAGGCUCAUAAAAAUAUAGUUACCAGAACAGACAUUCCCAUUCAAGUCAAUGCUCUGCUCGGUGAUGGUUGAAUGCUGUAACCGCAAGACAAAAUGGACAUCCAAUGUGACAGCGGGGACUUCCUCCUCCGGCCUGUCUUUCAUGGGGAACCAAAGUGUACCCCCCCCCCCCCCCUUUUUUUAGAAUGGAGAGGAAGAAUGGGGAGGGUAGUUUCGGGGGGAAAGAUGGAAUGCAGCAAUAUGAGAGGGAGGAAGGGAAGGACAGAGAGAGGGAAGAGUCAGCGGACUGUUACAAUGAGUCUCUUUGUGCAGGGUGGCUGGGGUGCCCUGGCACACAUUCCCUGCCCUCUCCUUCUCUCUCGUCCUCCCUCGUUCUCUCUCUCUCUCUCUCUCUACCUCCCUCAGAGUCGUACACACUGCACAUGCACUCAGGGGUAGCUGGAGUUGGAGCGGGCCAGGGUAUGUAGCUGCCUGGAAAGCUAGGUCUCUCUCUCUCACUCUCUCCCUUCUUUAAAUGAUUGAUUAAAACGGAGGUUAUACGGGGAGAAUGAGGGGAUGAAGGAAGGGGGAGUGUGUGUUUUUGAGAACAAGCGUGUGAGCACACAAGUGUGUGUGUGGAGGGGGACAGGAUUUGGGGCCUAAAAAUAGCCGGUGGCGGACUGUUCUGUCUGUCCAGCCGGGGGGGCGGCGAGUGCCUAACUCAGCUCUUCUCUAUACCCACAAGGGAUUUUCACAGUCGCCCAAGGCAGGCAGUAGCAGCUAAAGACUAGCCGUUAGCCUAGAUAUCCCCCCGUGACAGCUAGCUAAGGAGCGCACAGCUGAGGUAAGGGGGCUGCUAGGCUAGCAAGUAAGCAACUGACCCUCUGUCGCUUCUAAGAAGGUUUUUGGGGGGGUUUGGGGUCCCCCUUGUGGCGCAACAGGUGACUUUGAACUUGAGAAGUAGACACCCCCCACACGCAUGCUAAACCACCCCGGUGCGAAUAACCCAAGUGACUGGGGAUUGUAUUGAUAGGGUGUAAUGUGGAGACAGUUGGUUAAUUGGCGGUGUAUUGUAAUCAGAUUAAGAAUGGCACAAACGGCGUGAUUGAGUGGAGGUCAUUGUUAUGAUGCCCGCCCGCCCCACACACACAGAAUUUGGAUAAUUCACUCCUUUUGUCUGUUGCCAACUCGGGGUGGUGAUGUCAGGAAAGGUAAAGGUAUUAUAGGAUUGAGACCUUUAGAUCAGGGAUCAUCAACUAGAUUCAGCCGCGGGAAUAUUUUGUAUUGAGUGCAUGGUCAGGGGGCAGGAACAUAAUUACAAAUCAUUUGUAGACUGCAAAUUGACCACAAGACGCCCAAACAGAUAUAACAUUUCACUAAAACAUCAUCAUUUCAAACCUUGCUUACAUUUGUAUAUGAUCACAUACCCUACAUGACCAAAAGUAUGUGGACACCUGCUCGUCAAACAUCUCAUUCCAAAAUCAUGGGCAUUAAUAUGGAGUUGGUCCCCCCUUUGUUGCUAUAACCGCCUCCACUCUUCUGGGAAGACUUUCCACUAGAUUUUGAAACAUUGCUGCGGGGACUUGCUUCCAUUCAGCCACAAAAGCAUUAGUGAGGUCGGGCACUGAUGUUGGGCGAUUAGGCCUUGCUCGCAGUCAGCGAUGGGGUUGAGGUCAGAGCUCUGUGCAGGCCAGUCAAGUUCUUCCACACCGAUUUCAACAAACCAUUUUUCUAUGAUUUCCUUUCAUUGGAACUAAGGGGCCUAGCCCGAACCAUGAAAAACAGCCCCAGACCAUUAUUCCUCCUCCACCAAACUUUACAGUUGGCACUAUGCAUUGGGCAGGUAGCGUUCUCCUGGCAUCCACCAAACACAGAUUCGUCCGUCGCACUGCCAGAUGGUGAAGCGUGAUUCAUCACUCCAGAAAACACGUUUCAACUGCUCCAGAGUCCAAUGGCAGCAAGCUUUACACCACGCCAGCCGACGCUUGACAUUGCGCAUGGUGAUCUUAGGCUUGAAGCUCCCGAAGAACAGUUAUUUUGCUGACAUUGCUUCCAGAGGCAGUUUGGAACUCGGUAGUGAGUGUUGCAACCGAGGACAGACGAUUUUUACACGCUACGCAGUUGAACACUCGCCGGUCCUGUUCUGUGAGCUUGUGUGGCCUACCACUUCGCGGCUGAGCCGUUGUUGCUCCUAGACGUUUCCAGUUCACAAUAACAGCACUUACAGUUGACCGGGGCAGCUCUAACAGGGCUGAAAUUUGACGAAUUGACUUGUUGGAAAGGUGGCAUCCUAUGACGGUGUCACGUUGAAAGUCACUGAGCUCUUCAGUAAGGCCAUUCUACUGCCAAUGUAUGAAGAUUGCAUGGCUGUGUGCUCGAUUUUAUACACCUGUCAGGAACGGGUGUGGCUGAAAUAGCUGAAUCCACUAAUUUGAAGGGGUGUCCACAUACUUUUGUAUAUAUAGUGUAUAUCUCUCUAUUAUGCAUAGGAAUACUAAAGAACAGAUUUCCCAAAUUAAAAUCACUUGGAGCUGAUUUGCUGGUGUUUUUAGUCCAACAAUAAUUUUGAUUGGUUCUGAAAACAGUUUGGGAUCCCUGAUUUAGAUUAACUUGAAUUUAACUCCUUUCCGUGCUCAAUGGGAAUAGUAGACUCUUGUGUGCUAUUUGGUGGUUUGUCGAUAACGGUGAAGAAAUGUAUCAUGUUCUUUUGAUUGUAAAGCCUUUGAACGAUUUUGACAGUGGUUGUGUUGAUGUUGUUGUUGAAACGUUCUGGAGUCUUUAUCUGGCUUUAUAUGUACAGAUAUGCACACAUUUAUCAUACUCUUUCAGUUGUUCGUUUUAGCCUUUUAUGUUAGCUGAGCUUUCACAGUGAUUGUGUGUAUGUUGUUGUAAUGUUGCAGUGUUGUUCUCCAGAGGGGUAUACUACAAAGCCGGAUCAAUGAGAUAGCCAGCUAACUUGCCUAAAUAUUCUGAAAUAACAAAUGUUUUUAUAAAGAUAAGGUGAAAUGUCUAAUUGACUCAAAAACCAAAAACACACACUUAAGUUUUACCUUCUUAAUGAACCAGAAAAUCAAUAGUUAUUUCUGGUUGUUUAUCAAAGUUAUCUGGCUAACUCAUUGAUUCUGUUUUGUAGUCUACCCCUCUGGUGGUUAGUUGUGUCAAUGUUGGUUGUUGUAACGUUGUGGUGUUCUCCAGAUCUCCAGGUGCCGGUGACGGAACCAGACAUCAACAACCGGCUGGAGUCUCUGUGCCUGAGUAUGACAGAGCAUGCCCUGGGAGGUAAAAGCAUCACAACUACCAUGACAACUACCAUGAACACACACACUCCAGUUACUACUGGACUUUAUUGUCAAUGCGCACACACACACACACACUACUGUAUCAAUCUACUGUACCCCUUGGUAUAUACCCACGUGCGCUUGCACACACACACACACACACACAAACACACAGAUUCACACACACUUUCUCUGUCGCUCUUUCUCUCACACACAAACACACACACACUCCCUCACUAAACUCCAGUCCUGUACUACAUUGUCUACACAGCAUAUAAACAUGCACAGAAAAAAAACAGACACAACUUUGGAAUUCCAUCUACCCAGAAACUGUUCAAGUGACAAAUAUGUCACGGUUGAGUCAGAGUUGCCAAGUCAUUGGAAACAUUUGUAUAUCUUGCCAGAAUGUAACCGAAAUAAUACAAACGAAUGAAGACCGCAACAUACAGUGAAUACAUCCAGAGACUGAACUCCCCAAAGACGAUGGCUUGCCUGGAGCCAGACCUGGGUUCAUAUACUAUUCAAAAUUAUUUGAAAUGCAUUAGCUGUGCUUGAUUGAACUUGCCUGUUGCAAUUGAACCAAUGGAAAUGUCCCAAGAGUGCAGACCCUGCCCACCCAGGCUAAAGUGAACGCUUAAAGUAUUUGAAUGAUUUCAAAUAAUAUUUGAACCCACAUUUGCCUGUAGCCAGGGUGUGACUCCACAAUGAAUCCACACGUAUUGCGAGGAGAGGAGGAGACGAGACGGGAGGGGAAGGGAGCUGGAUAAACGCAGUAACCAUUCCCAUUAUAAAUGGAGUUUUUUCUCUCGGUGCUCGGCGCGGAGCUGGGGUGGACAAGCACCGCUUUGUGUGUGCAUUUGUGCGUGAACUGGACACCAUACACACACACACACACAGUCCCAGAGCAGAGGUGGGUAGCUGAGGAAUGCCAGUCCCAGACAGGACCCUUCCUCUCUGCUGUGCCCCUUCUCCUCUCUCUCGCUCUGAAACCUACUGAAUCGACAAAAUAGAAAUUAGAACCAAAGUACUCAUCGUGAAUGGAAUGCCCCCGAGCCCUUAUUUACAAAUAGUAGUACAUUUUGUCCGAUAGAAAGCUUGGACAUGCUCAAACACAGCAAUACGACGUCCAGCUCUAAUAAUGAUCAAACUCUCUCUCCUCUUUUGAACAAUUUGACAAAGUUGCCAAGUCAUUUCCCUAAUUGGCAUGCUUCCAGCCCCUAAACUUCUAGGCAGUUCUGUAGAUCUGAAAGGAUUGGAGAUCCAAUACGGUGAAAUGUUCAUCUAGCCCAUCAGAGGGAAAGGUGGAGUUAUUAGCAUGUUGCUAACUUGCGCCGGGCGUAAAGGCUAGGAGGGCAUUUGAAACUGUGCCCUAUAUACAGUGGGGAGAACAAGUAUUUGAUACACUACCGAUUUUGCAGGUUUUCCUACUUACAAAGCAUGUAGAGGUCUGUAAUUUUUAUGAUAGGUACACUUCAACUGUGAGAGACGGAAUCUAAAAAAAAUCCAGAAAAUCACAUUGUAUGAUUUUUAAGUAAUUAAUUUGCAUUUUAUUGCAUGACAUAAGUAUUUGAUACAUCAGAAAAGCAGAACUUAAUAUUUGGUACAGAAACCUUUGUUUGCAAUUACAGAGAUCAUAUUAUUCCUGUAGGUCUUGACCAGGUUUGCACACACUGCAACAGGGAUUUUGGCCCACUCCUCCAUACAGACCUUCUCCAGAUUUCGGGGCUGUUGCUGGGCAAUACGGACUAUCAGCUCCCUCCAAAGAUUUUCUAUUGGGUUCAGGUCUGGAGACUGGCUCGGCCACUCCAGGACCUUGAGAUGCUUCUUACGGAGCCACUCCUUAGUUGCCCUGGCUGUGUGUUUCAGGUCGUUGUCAUGCUGGAAGACCCAGCCACAACCCAUCUUCAAUGCUCUUACUGAGGGAAGGAGGUUGUUGGCCAAGAUCUCGCGAUACAUGGCCCCAUCCAUCCUCCCCUCAAUACGGUGCAGUCGUCCUGUCCCCUUUGCAGAAAAGCAUCCCCAAAGAAUGAUGUUUCCACCUCCAUGCUUCACGGUUGGGAUGGUGUUCUUGGGGUUGUACUCAUCCUUCUUCUUCCUCCAAACACGGCGAGUGGAGUUUAGACCAAAAAGCUCUAUUUUUGUCUCAUCAGACCACAUGACCUUCUCCCAUUCCACCUCUGGAUCAUCCAGAUGGUCAUUGGCAAACUUCAGAUGGGCCUGGACAUGCGCUGGCUUGAGCUGGGGGACCUUGCGUGCGCUGCAGGAUUUUAAUUCAUGACGGCGUAGUGUGUUACUAAUGGUUUUCUUUGAGAAUGUCGUCCCAGCUCUCUUCAGGUCAUUGACCAGGUCCUGCCGUGUAGUUCUGGGCUGAUCCCUCACCUUCCUCAUGAUCAUUGAUGCCCCACGAGGUGAGAUCUUGCAUGGAGCCCCAGACCGAGGGUGAUUGACCAUCAUCUUGAACUUCUUCUAUUUUCUAAUAAUUGCGCCAACAGUUGUUGCCUUCUCACCAAGCUGCUUGCCUAUUGUCCUGUAGCCCAUCCCAGCCUUGUGCAGGUCUACAAUUUUAUCCCUGAUGUCUUUACACAGCUCUCUGGUCUUGGCCAUUGUGGAGAGGUUGGAGUCUGUUUGAUUGAGUGUGUGGACAGGUGUCUUUUAUACAGGUAACGAGUUCAAACAGGUGCAGUUAAUACAGGUAAUGAGUGGAGAACAGGAGGGCUUCUUAAAGAAAAACUAACAGGUCUGUGAGAGCCGGAAUUCUUACUGGUUGGUAGGUGAUCAAAUACUUAUGUCAUGCAAUAAAAUGCAAAUUAAUUACUUAAAAAUCAUACAAUGUGAUUUUCUGGAUUUUUGUUUUAGAUUCCGUAUCUCACAGUUGAAGUGUACCUAUGAUAAAUAUUACAGACCUCUACAUGCUUUGUAAGUAGGAAAACCUGCAAAAUUGGCAGUGUAUCAAAUACUUGUUCUCCCCACUGUAUAUAUAUGACUCUAAUGGAAACCUAUUCCCUUUAUAGUGCACUACUUCUGACCAGUGUAGUGUACUAUAUAGGGAAUAGGGUGCCAUUUGGGAUGCAACCCAUGUCAUGAGACCCUCGGCCACACACAGGAACUCCAGUAAUAGUAAAUCUUUAUGAAACCCCUUGUAUGUAAUGCACCCUGUUCAUAGGUUGCAUUAUAAUACAUCGGGCUUUAGAAAUGCACUAUAUAAAUCCUAAGACAGCAAAGAAAUUCCAUCAUGGGUCUCUAACCUCCCCCAAUGACUGCCUCCGGUUUCUGGUACUGCUGGUUACACACACACGCACACACACCACACAUUUGCCGUGUAGAAACACAUCUAAUUUAGCACGUAUACCCAGCUUGACCAGUGCAACAGCAAAGCACAUACCUCAGAUGAAUGUAGUAAUGCAGGGUUUUAAGCUGACUCAUUGCUCACUCUGUCUGAACCACUGCGGCUGUGUCCCAAAUGGAACCCUAUUGCCUUUAUAGUGCACUACUUUUGACCAAUGCCCAGGGCCCAUAGGGUCUGGUCAAAAGUAGUGCACUCUGUAGGGGAUAGGGUGCCAUUUGGGACACAAUCCCGGGACAAACAUUUGGUCCUCUCUGUUUGUCCAGCCAGGCCAGAUGCAACAGUUGUUUUUUUGGCUUUGAAACAUUCCAUCUGUAUUUGUCCAGUUGUGUUAUUCUCAUUCCUAUGUGAUGGUUUGUCCCAUGUCCCUCGAUUCUGUGUGUCUAGAUGGAGUCGACCGCACAUCCACCAUCUGAGAGGAGGACCUGAAGGAGACCAGGAGAGACUGAGCUGGUCCCAAGAGGCUCGCCGCGCACCCAGUCUUUCCCUUCGCCCCCCACACCACCUGCCCAUCAGGCGCCCCCACAGCCAUUGGGAGAGGUCAACCGGGGGGGUGGGCGAGCUCCAAAUCACGCCACGAUGA